AUGGACAUAAAGAAAGCCUCAGAAAACCUUUGCUUUUAUUUGUGGGACUAUCUCUAUGCUAAUGGCGGAGCAGCAAACAUUGACACAACAGCUAUAAGUUAUGUUACUUUUGGGAUCUUUGUUCUGACUAGUGUUAUUGGACUUUUAGGCAAUGCCAUUGUCAUCUACAUCACAGGGUUCAAAAUUAAAAAGCAAAAAUCCAAAAUUUGGUUCCUCAACAUGGCUGUAGCUGAUUUUCUAUUUCUUUUGUGGUUGCCACUUGAUGCAACUAAUGCGAUAACAGGUAACUGGCCUUUUGGAUCCUAUGCAUGUAAACUUUAUCAUUUCUUUUCAACAUUCAACAUGUACACAAGUAUUUUCAUCAUGACAGCCCUCAAUGUUGAUCGUGCCAUAUCAGUGGCCAAACCAUUGUGGCAUCACAAGUUUGUUACUCAAACCAUUUGUUACAGGACCUGCACAUGUAUUUGGAUACUAACGGCUCUGUCUAGUCUUCCGGCACUUUUUGUAAGUGCUGUAUAUAAUACAGGAGGUAAUCAAACAGUGUGUUCUUUGCUAAUUCUUGGACAGGAUGACCAGGAAUACAGUAACAGCACUGCAAAAAAAGAUGUGUUUAGCUAUGCUGGGAGCAGCUUGUCAAUAUCUAACACGACAAGCAAUACAAAUAAUGAUCAUGGGACAUUCAUCAGGUUUCCACAUCUGCGAGAACAGUGUAUAGACAAUGAGUGUUGUGCCAAUGAAGAGACAGUGGCAAUAUGGUCUGCAGCCAUAUCUAAGACACUUUAUUUUAUAAUCUCUAUUGUGGUCAUUGGAUAUUUCAUCCCACUCUGUGUUAUCCUUAUCUCCAAUGGAGUAAUUUUUUGUCAGAUAUGGAAAUCUCAGUCAACAAAGACCUCUAGAGCAUAUCAAAUCACAGUUUCAGUAGUACUGGUCUAUUUCAUAACAUGGACACCACUGAUUAUAGCUUACAUUGUUUUCUUGACAGCAAUGACUACUAUGAAUAUUUCACUGGUCUUCAACGUUAGUGUGUUUUUGACUCUCUUGAAUAGCAUUGCCUAUACCAACAGCUGCCUGAACCCGAUUAUAUACGUGCUGAUAGGAAAGCAAGCUCGAGACAUUUUAUUGGUUUCCAUAAAGAGUUUAACGUUAAAAGAGUUUAAUACCAGUUCAAAGAGGAGCACGAAUGAGCGCACAGAGAAAUUAACACUGAGCAGUUCAACUAGGACAACUAAUGAGGGAAAAACAACAUAG